UCUUAAAAAAAAAAAAAAAAAAAAAAAUGGUAUUCGACCCUUAACAUUGAUGGAAAUGGUUCUUAGUGCGGGACAGCGCACCUCUCUUCUCUCUAUACCCUAAGAGGGUUAUUCAUUUCCUUCAUAAGCCGCUCUCAUGAGACAGUCUUUUCAGCCUCGACUUUGAUUGCGAGGGGGAGGGACAGCACUUUCUCUGUAUUUCUCAUUUGAUUGGGAUUUCAUUUUUUCAUUAUUUGCUUCUCAAUUCUUUCAUGAAAAAUUUCUGUUUCUUCAUCUACAAAAUCUGAGAAAAAUAUAUCAAACACAGUGAAUAAAAUCUGGGAUUCAUCCUCAACGGGUUGUUGUUUAGAGAUUGAAGGAUUUCAGUAAGGGAGAGUGUUUCUAAGGCUUUUGCAGUUUAAAAUGGCACCCAGUUUCGACUGUGCAGCCUCAAGCCUUCUGUGUGGAGAGGACAACAGCAGCAUCUUUGAUGAUGCUGAUUAUGGCGCUGCGGCGGAGGAGUUUGAGACUGCAUGGCAUCAUCAGAAUCAUCGAAGUCGUAAUCAAGAGAAGAGCUUUAAUGGCGGAGAGUUUUUGAUUGGGUUGCCAGUGCAGAGCGAUGAGUGUUUGGCUUUGAUGAUUGAGAAGGAGUCCCAGCAUUUGCCUGCUGCUGAUUACUUGAUGAGGCUCAGGAGUGGGGAUUUGGACAUUGGGUCUAGACAGGACGUUGUUGGUUGGAUUGCAAAGGCUCACGCCCAUUUCGGUUUUGGACCCCUGUGUGCAUACUUGGCUAUAAACUACCUGGAUCGGUUCCUUUCCACCUAUGAAUUGCCUAAAGGUAAAGCUUGGAUGGCACAGUUGUUGGCUGUGGCUUGCUUGUCCCUUGCAGCCAAAAUGGAGGAGAAUGAAGUUCCUUUGUGUCUUGAUUUGCAGGUGGCCGAAUCGAGAUUUGUGUUUGAAGCCAGAACCAUACAGAGAAUGGAGCUUCUGGUGCUGAGGACAUUGAAGUGGAGAAUGCAAGCCGUGACCCCUUUCUCCUUCGUAGACUAUUUUCUCCGCAGGAUCAAUGAUGAUGAAUUCCCGGCCAGAACUUCAAUCUUGCUGUCAAUUCAACUCAUAUUAAGCACAGUAAAAGGGAUUGACUUCUUGGAAUUCAGGCCUUCUGAGAUUGCAGCAGCAGUGGCAAUAUCUAUUGCAGGAGAAACCCAAACAGUGGACAUUGAGAAGGCCAUUUCUGUUGUCAUUGAACCUAUAGAAAAGGAGAGAGUGCUCAAGUGUAUUGAGCUGAUGCAUGAUUUAUCAUUGAUUAGUGGGUCUGUGAAGCGUUCUAGUACUGCUGCUUCAGUCCCUUCUGUGCCCCACACCCCAAUUGGUGUGCUGGAUGCUGCAUGCUUGAGCUAUAAAAGUGAUGAUACAACAGUUGGAUCAUGUGCAAAUUCUUCACAUAACAAAAAGAGGAAGCUAAACGCACCCCCUGAAGUGGAGCUAUAAUUUGAUGAGAGGUGGACUUUUCACUUCUCACCCAAAUUCUUUCUGUUUGAUUUGGGUGAGUGGGUGUUUUUGUGUGGUCAUGAGGGUGGCCCCCCACCAAAUACAGAACCAAAAAAGAGGAGAGAACCAGGUGAAAGGCAACCCAAAAAAAAGAAAAGUGAAAAAAAAAAAAAAAAAAGAGUUGAAUAAGUUGGGUCAUGGAUGGGAGAUAAAGAUGCGAUAAAAACUUUAAUUCUGGUACAAUCACCGGCUGUUAAAUAUUAGACCUUCUUAACGGCAAUAGAGAAAUAUAAUAAACAUUUAUGUUUGGGACAUACAAUUUGUCUUAGAUGAUUUGUAGGAUAUGUUCGAAUGAGUAAAUUUUGGAGAAUUGUUUAUUUUA